GGGGUGGCUUCACUCACUCACUUGUUUACCUUUUUCUCUACUACCGUGUGUUGUUCAGCCCCUAUGUGAUCCUUCUUUUUCCAUCACAAACACCCCCAAAUAAAGAACCCAACUUCACUCAAAUGUCUAUCUCUACAACCCAUAUCUGCCCUAAACCCAGGAAGUCAAUUCCGAUUCCUCUCCGUCGUCGCCGCUUUCGUACAACCACCACUAUAACUAAAACAGUUACCUCCGUCUAAUCUCCGCACUUCACAAAAAGAAAAACCGCGAAAAUGCCCACCACCAGCCCCCAAAAACGCAUCAUCCUCGAGAAAUCCCGCACAGUCCGUCGGCGCUACCAGCGCAGCAACAAACGACUCCAGUUCACGGCGUCGCAGAUCGCGCGCAUCGAACGCGAGCAGGAGCGCGAGCGCCGGGCGCAGCAGCUUCGCGACCGGGAUCGGAAGCGCAUCGCUAACAAGAAGAAGAAGGCAGAGAAGGAGGCUCGGGAUCGCGAGGAGCGGAGACGGCUGGGGAUAAUGGGGUUGCCGGAUCCGAAUGCGCCGGUUGUGCCGUCGAGUCAGCCUUCUUUGUUUCGGUUUAUUCGGAAGCCUGCUGCCGUGGGGGCGGGUGCGAAGGGGGGUGUGGAGGGUGUGGAAGGGAAGGAUAAUAACGAUGGCGAUAGUGAUGGUAGUGAUGGGUCCGGGGGAAGUACGGAGUUUGAGGAUCUCGAUCUUGAGGGUUGGGAGAGUGAGACUGUUACGGCUGUUGAGGACGUGGUGUCUGAUACCAAAGUGGAGCAGGGUAAGAAGGAGGGUGAUGACUUGGGUGUCCAUCACGUUGAUAAGGAGGACGAUAGAGGUGGUGCUGGAGACACUACUACGGAAGACGAGUUUGGCUGGAUUGAGGAGCAUGGCGCUGCUGCGGAUGAAGACGAGUUCUCUGAUUGCUCCAUCUUUGACGACGGGGAGAUCAUCCAACGGACCGCGAUCGUUGCGACCGAUGCUAUAGACACCAAGGAUGCGAUAGACACCUUUGCGAUCAAGAUCGAAGACGCGGACACCAAUGCGAUAGACACCCUGGGCGCGAAUCCCAAGGAUACACUCCAUGCCAAGCCCCUAGUGGAGCAUGGAGCUAUACCUGACUGCUCCGCAAGCGAUUCAUUUCAGGAUGACACGGCACUUCUGUUGGAAGAAUUGGGCCAUGAGUUUGACGCCGAUGAUGAAUUCGAACAGGCACUGGUUGCGUUGGAUGCCGUGUAAGCAGGAAGGAGACGCACUGCAUGGAAG